GGCUCGAUUAUUUUCAGAAACCACUCCCCCAUUUCGAAAUGAGCCCAUAAACGCCCGCCACCAGCCCAUCAACUCCGCAUUGCCGCCUUCUUCCGUAUCCACAACCUCCCCGGCGGCCGGCGGCGGGUCUGAUUGACCCCCUCUCCGACAACCACGCUGUAACCAUGAUUCAAAACAAAUCUCUGAAAGAUUCAGCCCAUAUUUCAUUGAGGAAAUCGGGUCACAUGUUGCUCCAAACCAUGUACAAAUCCAGCGGCGGAAGGCGACCGAAGAAGAAAAUUUACCACAGAGUUCGGGAAUUGGACCGAGUAAUGGAUCUCCAGAAGAAGCCGUCGCUGAUUCUCCGGCUAAAAUCCAUAAUCGAAUCUCAGAGAAACCAGUGCCUGCUUCUCAGAGACCUCGAGAAGGAAGUAGGGUUCGUUCAGAAAUGGAACUACAUAAAUGCCAUCGAAAGGUACCCCAUGAUUUUCUAUGUCACAAGUGAUAAUGGAAACCCCCCUGCUGUUAUGCUGAGCAAAGAAGCUAGAGAAAUUGCAGCUGAAGAAGGGGAAGUGAGACUGGAAAUGGAACCCAUUCUGGUCAAGAACUUGCGCAAAUUGUUGAUGUUAUCUGUUGAUUGUAGGGUACCUUUAGAAAGCAUUGAUUUCAUUCAAGAUGAACUGGGGUUACCUCACGAUUACAAGGACUCUUUGAUCUCAAAAUACCCAGAGUUUUUCCUUGUGAAGCCUUUUAAUGGCAGAGAUUAUCUCCACUUGGAGAAUUGGGAUUCCUCAUUGGCUGUUACUGCCAGGGAGAAGGGUUUGGGGUACAAGAACCCGGAAAGAACAUCCAAGGACAUGAAUUUUUAUGGCCCGUUCGCGUUUCGUUUGAGUUUUCCACCUGGUUUCAGGCCAAACAAGAGUUAUCUUGAGGAAGUUGGGAAAUGGCAGAAGAUGGAAUUCCCAUCUCCUUACUUGAAUGCUAGAAGGUUUGACAUCUCUGACCUGAAGGCCCGAAAGAGAGUGGUGGGGGUGCUUCAUGAACUGCUGAGUUUGACCAUGGAGAAGCGGUUGACCUCCGCUCAGAUCGACGCUUUCCAUUCUGAGUACCGAUUGCCAGCCCAACUGCUGCUUUGCUUGAUCAAACACCAUGAUACACACACACACACAUAUGUGUGUGUGUGUGGCAGAAGCAAUGGAGCUUCGAGAGGCGUUGAAAUGGCUUAAGGAGCUUUUCGGAUAACGUACGACUCAUGGUGGAGAUGGACAACGAAACAGUCUAUGAGGCACGCACUACGAAUAAAUGAUCAUGACAUCUCUUACUUCACUGGUUGUUUUCAAUAGAGUGUAAAACAUAUAUUCUCUUAGAGUUUUCUUUUCUCUUAUGGUCGCUUACUAUAAGAUGAACGAAUUAAGUUGCUGAUUUGUU